AUGACUUUGCAUAACUUCACUUUCAACAUGGCCGGCGUUGAUGAUAACAGUGAUCCAAUCGAGUCUUCACCAGACUUAGAGAAUCAGAAAAAGGAAAUAGCAGAGGCUAUGAAUAAGCCUUUAGUUAAAGGUGAUAUCUGGUAAGUUUCAGUGGAAAUGGUUUUUUAUUAACGUAUGGUUUCUGCGGCAGCUCUAAACGGAAGUGAAAGUGGUGUAAUUACUACUUUGACCAGAAUAGAAAAAAUUGUUCAAUUUCAACUCCUAGUUUUCAAGAACAGAUAAGCCCACUAAUUUGAAGACUUGAUUCGCAAGUUACCUUUGACAGAAUGCGUAGUGCAAUAGUGAAAAGAGAGUAGAAGUUAACACCUGUGACUAGUCUGCAUUUUUUGGGGUUUUAAAACUGUAUCUUCAGCUGCGAACGAUCUUUAGAACACACAGUGAACGAAUUAUGAAUAUCCAUAGCAGUGCAGUGAGUAAUGCCUCUCGUAUUUAUAAACAUAACACCAAGCAACAUUCAUUUACAACUGUGCUUCUACAUGGUUUUAAAAAGUGCAUCCAGGUUAGAUGUUUACUUUUUAUGCGAAAAUGCAGUAUUUCGGUUUGUUCUCUUGUCUUAGAAUGUAAAAGGAUCAGAAAAAAGCAGACAAUGUUAAUGUAAACAAGAGCAGUUUACAGUCCAUUGACCUAAAUGACUCUCUAUAGCUUUCAAAUUAUCACUCCUCUUCUGUAAAAUUUAUGUAAGUUCUGAUUAUGCACAAGUGGCAAACAUGCUUCACACAUGCUAGCAGAAGAUGGCUUCACUUUGUAGAUCAAAAAUGUGAACUACAGCCAACAAUGUACAAUGAUCAACAAUCAACUCUGGAAAAAGAAGAGGAUUUCCAGCUUGUACACUGGCUAAAACAAACUUCCCUGAAAUUAACUAUAUUAAGCACAAGCAACUUUUUCAAGCAAACUGAAAAAAAGGAAUUGGACAGAGAAGAAUAAGAACUUACUGCCUAAGUGUUGUUUCUCUGGCAGACCCCAUCAUUGAAGUGUGCAUAAUGCAUUGUAUACAAUAUAUAUAUAUAUAUAUAUAUAUAUAUAUUAUAAAAUGAAUUAUUGUAUAUUGCCCAUCUGAAAUUCUUAUCAAGUAUUAUGACUUGCUUAAAAUGAGCACCAUUUUGAUGAUGGGAGUUGAUGCAGUAGCAAAGAACUUGGUUUGAAACUGACUGGCCAAAAAUCAGCUCAAAACAGAGAGAUGAUCCUUCCAGUAGUCCUUCAAAUACCACUUUUUAAUAGGCUUCUCCUUUUCAGGUCACACAAGGCUUAAUUAUCUUGAUUUGUUUUAUAGGUUUCUUGUUGAUAGUCACUGGUUUAAGCAGUGGAAGAAGUUUGCUGGGUAUGAUUCAUGGGAUAAAUUUGAAGUUGGACAAGAAUUGAAUAAUCCUGGUCCCAUAGAUAAUUCAAGUCUUUUUGAAGGUAAGAAACAAUAUUUUAAGGGGUUUGACCUUUGUCUUAUGUGUGUUGAUGAUGUCUUUUUGUUUUCUUGGUAUUUCAAAAAAGGAGAAUAAAGUUUGGUUGUACAUUAUUUUUGUAGGAAGGAAGAGAACAAAACACCUCUUAUAUAGGGACUCAAUUCAUACCCUAUAAUUUAUAAACUAUUUUUAUAAAUUAUUUAUAAAUCCAAAAAUUUAAAGACAUAAAUUAAACUUAUUUUUAAAUUAUUGUUCUAGUCUUAUAGGUGGAUUUUUUCAGUCACAAAUAAAUUGGUAUAAAAGCACUCUAAACUCUGCUUUUCCUUGACUUUUAGUAUCUUGCUUUUAGUGGCUGCUGUUUCUAGAGUUUAAUAAAAUGUUUGAUAAAUAGGAACCUGUAUACCUUACUGUUUAAAUGUAUCACAUUUAAAGCAAACUGUAACCUUCAAUCAGCAACAAAAUUGUUGACACAUUGACCUUUUCAACCCCCUAUGACUUCAAUUUUAUCUCUUUUACCCUUGCUAAGUUAGCCUAUCACUUUGUUACAUACAGGCAACGUUGAAUUGGGGAGUGAGGUCCUGUCAAUGAUUUAGAAAGUGGUAGAAACAGGAGUGUUAUUCCACACAUUAGUAGGACUCUUCAAACAUAAUGUGUCAAUUAAUUGUGACACUAAUUGUCUGAGACAUAUUUCUUACAAUCAUAUUAUUCUUUAACGACAAAACAAAACCAAACCAAACCUGUAGAGCUUAAUAUUUGGAGGAAAAAUGAAGUUUGUAACAUAUCAUCUGGUUUCAUUGGUUUAUUCAUUACUUUAUCCUUAUCACUGAUAAACAUGAUGUAAGAGUAAUGGGAGCCACUAAGAUAUAUUUUAUGAUAUUACCAGAAUUUCUGUGAAUCUUAAAUUCAAAUUUCAGUUCAAAUUUAAAAGAGAAAUAUGAUGAAAUGAACAAGUUGUACAUGAGGUGUCAACAUUUUGUUCUUUUUAUCUCAUUUAAAAUCCUAUGGACAGUGAAUUGCAAAAAGCCAAAAAAAUGCCAAACUUCUGCUCAAUUUUUGUUUGUGCCCGGCCUUCAAGAUUUUUGUGUAAUGUGCACAAGUGCACAUGUUUGUCCACAGAUUUUCCCCUGAAAAACCAUGUUAUCAAAAGUUUUUGAGCCCAGCAACUCAACUGGGUGUUUUUUAUAUAUAGAUGGCUACAUAAAAGACACUAACUGCCAUGUAUUGAGUGGUGCCCAUACUAAAGCUGAAUCAGUCUAAAGUAAACAUGAAGACAAAAUAAUAUUACCACAGACUUCUCUUGAAACUUCAUCUUAAGGAAAUGUUUCACUUUGUUGUUCAGACAAUCAGGGACAAAACAAUGUUGUAUAAUGAUUCCAUGAACUUUAACCUGCAUACAGGCAACAUUUAAAUUAAUGGGGAAGGGGGGUCUUAUCAUUGAUUUAGGGCAUGGUAGAAACAGGAGUGUUAUUCUACACAUAAAUAGGACUCAGCAAACAUGAUGUGUCAACAUUGAUGCCAAUGUUUGGACCUGUGUUUUGAGUUUCCUGUAUUAUGUCACAGGGCAAUAAUUGCAACUUAGGUCACCAAUUAUUGUAUACCAGUCACAUCACAAAUUUAGUCAUAAAAUAAUUGGUAAUGAUGUCCUGGUGAGAUGAAUAACACUUAUCACCUUGGAGAGAUACUGUUGCUUGUUUGUCUGCAGCUUAUUAAUUCUUUUCCAUCUCUGUGCCUAGAAGACCAAAUACCAAUAUGUUUUAAAAUAAAAUUAAAAAAUACUGCAAAAGUGGCAGCUAACAGAAGUUUGAUCUUUUCUGUAUAUAAUGAUGUUGUUAAUUUCAGAGGAAAUAGGCAGUGAUUUUGCUCGACAUACUGUAUGUAUGCGAUGAAUUCUGCUGGUUACUGGCUCUCUUCCUGUAGAAAAGCAAUGUGAACUUGCAAAUUUUUUGUGAAUAGCUCAGAGGUAGUGCUUAGAAAAACAGAAAUAUUUUGGCAAAUGGAAAACUUUAAUUCACUACUUGAUGAUGGAGAGCAGGUGAUCAAAUUAAGUUAACUACUUUUCAGAAAUGGAAAUUUAAGAGCUUAAUCAUUGCCUCGGUUGUAUCAAAAUUGGAUUGAAAAUGACACAAAAAUUAUUUUUUGGACCUCUGUAAUCAUAUGCAUAGAACUUGGUCCCCUCCUUUUUAAAUAGAAGUACCCUUAAUUUUACCAGUACUUCACUUGUGUUCAAGUUGUAACAAAAGCUUUUAUUUGUCAUCUCUCAAGAGUAAUUCAGGCUGCUCUGGGAAAUCAUUUAUAGUACUUAACUAACAGAAACUGUCUCCUUUUCUUAGACUGCUGUACAUAUUUUUUUACUGGUGACAAUUUUACCAUACUGUAUAUUAAUCAUCUUUGUAGCUGAUGGUUGCACUCUGAAAGAACAUCUUAUCGAUGAGCUUGAUUACACCCUGCUACCAAAAGACUCGUGGUGUAAACUUGUAUCGUGGUAUGGAAUUACUUCAGACCAGCAAACUCUGUCCAGGAAAGUUGUGGAACAUGGAAUGUUUGUCAAAAGCUGUAAGGUUGAAGUAUAUCUCACUGCUUUGAAACUUUCCAAAUACUCAGAUCCCCAAACAUUUGUCACAAGGCAGUUCAGCAAGGCAGAUACAGUUGGUAAGUUGACAUUAUAGUCAUCUAAGUAUAUACUUCUCUUACUUGAGCUGAAUAACUAGCUCACCCAAAGGUUACUUUAAUUAAUUUUUGUCAAACAAAAAAACAUAAUGCUUUUAAAAGUAUUUUUAAAGUAUCAAUGAUUUGUAUGAAAUUUAUUGAAGGAACUUGGUUGACUGUGUGAAUUUGUGGAGAUUUUAUUGACUUCUUAUUACUGCUUUAUAUUAUUUGACUGCUCGAUGACUGGGAAAGAUGAGGAAAAUCCUGGGCUCUAAUUGGCAAACAAGUGGGCAAGAUAAGCCUACCUUGCCUGCUGUAGAUUUGCUUUGCCUACUCUGAUUCUAAAAGGAGAAGAAGUUGUGGUUUUUGGUUUACAUUUUUCACCCUUUUUGGGUUACUAUUUUGUUACAAGAGGAAGACUUCACUGACAGUUUUUUUUCCACACAGAGUGGCAGACUUAACAGUCUUUAGGUGGUCAAAACCAUUAAAACUAUCACUUGUUUGGUGAUGUAAUUCACUUGGAAAUUCUCUAGAGUUAUUUGUAUUUCAUCUUUAAUGAUUUGUGAUAUCUUUCCGAUAUUGACCAAGCUUCUUUUGUCUGGAAAGUAUUUGUCAGAACUCAUCUGUAGCUCAGUCUAAUUUAGUUUUCAUAAUUAUACUUGUAAUUAUAUUAAGAUACUAAAACUAAAAUUACUAUUAUUAUAAUAAUUGUAAUUCUUAAUUCUCAAAACAAGUAUUUCCAUAGUGAGUGGAAAACACAUACACUGAAAAAAUACUUACAUCCUAUUUGGACAACAUUUCAGUCUAACAAAAAUAAAGCUAAAAAAGUACUUGGUCAAUAAUCAAGCCAUCUUGACCUUAUCAUUGGUCAAUAAUAUACAUAUCCAGCUCAGGAAAUCACAACAAUUUGUAAGGUUUGCUGACUAUCUAAAAAAAGAAGUUAAUUCAUUCCUGAACAGGUCAUCUUGUGUCAGAAAUGAAAACAAUAUUUAACAUACCAGAAGAUGCUGAAACAAGAGUGUGGAACAAGUACAUGAGCAGUACAUAUGAGCUUCUCAGUAAUUUGGAAUACACUGUACAAGAUGCUGGCCUUUAUCAGGGACAGGUAUGAUAAUUUUUGAGUGAAAUAAUUAACUUUUAGGGAUUUAUUCAGUGAUACACUUGAAAACAGUAUUGGUUCUGAUUGGCCAAGAGCAGUGCAGUUCUCAAGUAACACAAUGCAGAAGAGAGGUAAUUCAUUACAGAAAAGAUGUAAUUCAAUGAAGAUAAGGGUAAGAAAGCAAGCAUUUUGGUUAUUUGAUUUAAGAAACUCAGGUAGCCAAUCAAGUCCCUUAAGUAGUUGUAUACUAAAAAUAAAAGCAUUAACUAUGAACCAGUGAGUGUCAAAGUAAUGAUUGCAUUACUUGAUGGGCACUUAAAGAACCAAGGCUAUGGUUUGUCCAUUGUUCUUUAUGGAGAAUUCAAUUCCUCUUAACAAAGGACAUCAUAAGACAUUGUACAGUACUUUCAUGUGUGCUUUUGCAUAUCUCAAGAAAAAUCAUACCUAAGCAAAACUCGCAUAUCAGGUAUUUUUUUAAUACAUAAAAUUUUUGUUUUGUUUAAACAAAACUCACAUAUCAGGUAUUUUUUAAAUAUAUAUGAUUUUUUUUCCUUUUAAGGUUCUAAUUAUAGAACAAAAGAAGGAGGAUGGUACUUGGCAGCAUCCAUCUAAAAGGUAAUGAAGGCUCAUUCAAGUACACAGACAUAAAGACAAAGAAUGUACAUUAUGUACAGUACAGUCAAACUUUUACAAAAGAAUUGCAUUUACAAUUGUUACUUAUAUGUCAUUUUAUUUAUCAUGCAGAAAAGUGUAACAUUUCUGUCAGUUCCUGUCUACAAAUAUUAGUUGUUAUAUUAUCCAGUUCAAAUAUCUUAAUGGCCAAACUGUUAAAUUGCAAACCAAAACUAUACACUGUGAAAUCUAGUCAAAUGUAUUUUCUUGUGUGCCUCGGCUGUUUUCUUGUCCAUUUGGAGCAGUGUAACUGAAUGAGCAAGGACAUGUAGAACGAAAGUUGUCCUCUGAUGCAAUGAUCUUUUCAUGUUUAUUAUAUCUGGCAAUACAUGCUGAUGGACCUGGGUGUCGAUGGUUUUUUGAAAACCAGAGCACAAACAUUUUCAUAUCAAUAUAAGAAUAUCAAGCAUGAAAUGUAACCUAGUGUAAGGUAUAACCUAGUCUAAGGUUCCUCUUCAUUAUUAACUGGACCAUCUACACAAAAUCUGAUCGGCAACUUUUGUAUAUAUUAGCUCUUGUCUAAAACAAAGUGAUUCUGAAAACAACGUAUUUGUCCAACUGUGUUGCUGUGACAGAAAUGCACAGGGAACUUAAUUUGCAUAAUAUUGAAACUAUCUACUGUCAAAGUUGAUGUUUGCUUUCAGUUCACAUGUAUAAAUGAGUGUUUUACUCUUAUAAGUUGUGCUCAGUCUCUUGAGUUUAGAUCAGUUGUGAGUGACUUUUAAAGGACUUCUGACCGAUGUAAAGUGCAAGCCUGAAACAAAAUUAGAACCACAUUUCUCAACUGAAAUGGAUGCUACAUGUCAGAUACUACUUUUUAGCAUUCAUCAAUUAAUAAUUGGUUCAUAUGUCAGUGUGCAUCCAUGGGGAUAUAAAGGCACACAGGGUAAAAGUGGUUCAGCAACUCUAGCUGCUCACAAAACUUUCCAAUGCUCCAUAUCCCCAUGAAAGCACAGCUGACGUAUGAGCCAAUUGUUUUAGAAUAGUGUCAACCCAGUAUUCUGGAUGUUGUUUUCUUUCAAUCCUGAAAAGUGUUAAGCAAGACAGCAUGUAAUAAAUCUAAAACAAAUCAUUUUUAACCAACACAAGCUCUAAUGAAAUUACAUCAGUUCAAAAACUUAUUCCCAAACUAAAAAAAAUGAUAGUUUUUUGUUAUAAUAUACUUUGAAAUGAAAAUCUCUAGAUAAAGUUCACAGUGCAUACUUGACAAUCACAUUUUAAAGUCAUUUUGCACAUUUGUCAGGUUUACCAAAUAACUGCAUACUUAAAGGUAAGGCAAAUAAAGGACAGAGAUAUUUUGAGGCAAAAGCUCUAUUGAAAUAGAUAACAGAUAUGGUGUAUAGGACAGAAAAUACUCAGAUUUCUUCGUGUAUAUGGGACCCUUGUGAAAGAUUCGUAAUGCUUAAAUCGUUGUUUACUCAACUUCACAGCCAGAAAAUUGGGAAGAGUUGCAUUUGAAAUUCUGAAAGUUGUCACAAUUAAAACAAAAUCUUCUAUUGCAAAAUACUUCAAGGACAUAUUGAUCAACAAUUUAUAUAUCUUAUUAGAUGAUUUGGUGUGUAGUAUGGCUGAGCAUUUUUACAAGUUGUGCCCUUUUUUUUUUAACAAGCCCUUUUUUUUUUAACAAGCCCGCAAGGCAAGUCAAUAUACAAACAACCAGGAAAAGUACUCAGUGAUACUACACACCUAAACAUCCAAUAAGUUAUUCAUUAUCCAACUGGGUUAUUUUUUUUAUACACUUCUUAUAAGGCAGGAAAAGCAAAGCAAACAGAGAAGCAGAUUUGUCUUGCGUAAUGCUCACAUUGGAUUGGCUUAGGAGACAUCAACUUGUCACCUAGAGUUUCAAAACGAUUUAAAGAUGAAUUUGAUUCAUUAUAGUUGUUCUUAAAUUGUACACAUUUGAAAGUACUGCACAUACAAAGGUGUUUGUUUAUCAAAGAAAAGUGAUGAAUAAUUUAUCACCUGUAACAAACCUUUGAAUCCACCAGGGAACAAACUCUCAAAGACAUGGUUGAACUCUUAGCAUAGAAAAAAGAAUUUGCAAAACUACAUUUCAUUAUGACUCAAUCACAUGGCGAAAAUCACAUGAAUUCCUGUCAGUACUUGAGGAGCUAAAGACUGUGAACCGAGAAAAAUGGUAGAAUUGUUAAAUAUGGCACUGGGAAGGCAAGCGUAGCCACCUUGUCCAACAGGUUUUUUUACAAUACAAGAUAACCAAAUGGCCAAAUACUGUAACUGUACUAUAUUGCAGGACAUUUCUAAUCCAUUUGAGUGUCAUUUGUACUCUACUUAGUGCUGUUGGUGCUGGUUGGUACUUCUGACGAUUGAGUCUGAAAAUAAGGCAGAAAUAAAUAUUUAGUUGGUGAGAGAUACAACAAGGCCUGGGCCUUAGGCCCAAGCGUCAUGGGUAAUGAUGCAGUGGUAUAUAAUGGGGAGUAUAGCACAUGACAUCCAUCUAGGCAUCGGAACCAACCUUGCACCUUUGGCUGAUGCCAAAUUUAUUUUAGUUUGAAAACUUAAUUUGUUUAACUGUGAAGCUUCAUAGGAUGGACUACUAACUGUUCUGAGUUUGGGCCAUGGUUCCUACCCAGAUUUCCUGUCAUAUUUUUUCCCAAAGGGAUUUUUUCUGGCAGGUUUUUUCUGGCCUCUGUAUAACUGUAGUAGUGUCCUUGUAAGUGGUUCCUCUUGUUAGUGAUGUAUACCUAUUUUUGAAUGUGUAGGGAAUUGAUUGUAGAUCAGGACUGUAUAUGGCAUAUCAGCUGCGAAUGUAUACAUGUAUGUAUGCUCCUAGCAAUAUAUACAUCUGGUUGGUUCUCAGCAGGCUUCCUUAAAUAAACUCAUUUGGUUUACAUUACUGUGUUAUUUGUUGUGAAGUUGAGACAAAAUACCAGGCAAUAUACCAGGCAAGAGAAUGCUCCAAAAUUGGCCACUUCUGUCAGCAAAUUCAGUUUUCAUUUUCCAUCGUGUUUGGGAAUCAUAGUUUGGCUCUCUUAAAAGUUCUUUCCAUUUCUUUCAAGCCUUAAAAGACCAAAUCAGGUAUCUCUCCAUAGAUUUACAUUUCAUUUAGAGCUCCUAAAGGUCUGUCUCGAUCAGGAUGGAACAGAAAAAGUAUCUUGACAAUCUCAAAGCUUGCAGCUAAACUGGUCAGGAAGUUUGCUGUCAAUCACCAAGAAAAUGUUCAAUCUUGAGGCAUUUGUCUCCUGACAUCAUUAGAAUACACAAUAGGAUUAUACCUACCUGAAUUUGCUAGCCAUGUUAUAAUGUGAUGUAUACUUGUACACAUCUCUUAUUUGUGUGAGUUACCUAUAUUCUUCUUAUAUGACUAACAUAGACUUGUAUACUGAUACCAAGGUUAUCUGGAAGAGUAGCAUUCAGCAUUGAAAAAUUUAUCUUAAUUAGUAAUCUUUACUUAAAAUGCAAUAUUAGAAUCUAAUUACAAGUGUAUAUCUUGUGAAAAAAAUGUCUGCUACAACUGACUGUUUUCUUCUCAACAAUUGUUUUCAGUUCUUCCUCAUCAUCAGGGGUAAGUUGAAAAUAAAUUUUUCAAAAAAGAAUGGUUCUUUUUUUUUCCUUUUUUUCCAGUAUUACAUAAACAGACAUUUAUUUAUGACAUCAGUCUGAUGUAAUAUUUAUUGUUAAUUAAAUGAUUAGUGCACAUACCUGCUGUUAAGUAUGAUUCUUUCCCUAAAUGCAGUUUUUCUUGUACAGGUGACAUUAAAUAGUGAACAUGGUACUGAAUCAUCCAAUCCCUCCAGGUCAGUAGUUGAUGUAAUUUUUAAUAUCCCCUUUUUAAAUAUAAUGGAUUUCAGUUGAGGUUUUAAAUACCAAACCAAGACAAUUACGAUGGCUAUUAGAACAAAUGUUAACAUCAUGAUAAGCCAAUAAGAAUUUAAUGCAAAACAUGCAAACUCUCUAAAGUGCAGAUAAAUGCAGGUGACCAAGUUACAAAUGGUUUUGGUUUUUUUCUGAUGGCUCUAGAGGAUGGCAUGAGUUUUCUGGAUGCUCCACAGGGCAAAAUAAAGAAAUCUAAAGGAAUCUUGGUUUACUUUUGACACUUUUCAAGUCUUGCGAAUCAAAGCAUGCCUUAGCAGAAUUAUGUCUACAGCUAAAGCGGAUAAUUUAGUUUUAAUGCAAACAACUUUACUGCAGGUACCCUUUGAGCAAGUUUUAGCUAUAAAAGAUCAAUCUGCUGCAGCCUGGAGUGGCUCUUGCAUUAAGUGCAUGGCAUUUGUCUUUAGAAUACAUCUUUCUUUGAUCUCCUUAAAUGGGAGAUAAAUGAUCCAUCUACACUGGACUUACAAUAAAAACACAAUUUUCUGGUUGAAUAGAGAAUAGUUUUCUGAACAUUUUACAUCUUUGCUGCACCAGACUUCAGAAUUUGACUUUUAAUCUCACAACUCUUCUGGUGAAUGUUGCAGUGGAAUCAACCCAACAUUGACACACAUUAAGAAUGACGUUAACAAGGAACUGUUGGCUCAUGUACUCACUGCAAUGGUUCAACCCCUAUCACUAUAGUUUGAGAUCUUUCAGGAUUAGAAUGUUCAGCAGGCAAUUUUUUUUCACCAUUUUGAAGUUAAAACAUGUUUUUUUUACAGCUCUUAUAAUAUAACACAGAUGCCAUUUGAGAAGGACCCGACAUGAAAUUACCUCUGUAGUGUUUGUUUUGGAAGUGCUAGUUUUGCUGACUCUGAUAAAAAUUGCUCAGAGCAUUUGCAUAAAAGAUAUUUUAUCGAUAAUCCUGUAUUUGCCUUGUGUUUGCUCUUUUGGCAAAGGUUGAAAAUAUCUACAAGUUGUCAAUGUAUAUUUACUGUCUGCAUCCUGUAACACAUCUUUUAUUGAAGCAGUAUUUUUCUACUACAAUUACAUGGUUAGUUGUGGCUACUGAUUAGGCUUUCCUCAUUGAAUAUCAUUUUCUAGAAAACAUCCUUAUACAUCAUUAUCCUUCUUUACCAAAAAAAUUUGCAUGAAGCAAAAUACUUUCUGUAAGUUCAUUUUCCACACAAUUCUCACUUGCUCAGACAUUUUCUACCUAUCAAAUUUCCUUUAAGCUACCUCAUUGCCAUAUCGCAUGUCAAUGCCUUGUAAACAACCUGCAUUCUAUAGCCCACUACACAAACGAGGAGAAAAGUCCAGACAGGCAAACAAAGGGUCCCUGUUGUCAUGCCCAUGUGAAAGCCUUUGAAAUAUGAUUCUUUUUUCUUUUCGUUCAGUGUAUCUUCACUUAUUUUGAAGAAUGUAGUUCACCAUAUCUUUGUUUAGGAUAUUUUAGAGAUAAACAAGAGUUCUGAUCUGCUUCCUGUAUUGACCUUUGACCCCUAGGAGUGAUUAGAACUAAAUUUCCCCUUGGAAAUGUCACCCCUUAAUCAAACAUUAAGGUCACAACAAUUAAGGAAACCAUCACCAACUAAAGAACCUCUUGAUUGAUAGAUAAAAUCUCCUAGUCGGCACCAUAGGACAUGUGUAGAAAACAGUAUAGGGAAUAUGCAUACUGAUGUUAGGAUGUAAAGGGUUAAAAUUAUAAAGAGUGAUAUUUUUGAUGCAACCAACUGAAAUCAAAUAAUAUUGAUUAAGUCUCUGACUGGGGAAUGACAGCAACUAUUAUUUUAUGUCAUCACACGUUGCACUCUCUCUCCAGCUGGGGAGUGAGUGUGUUGUGAGACAACCAAACAAGAGCUGCAAAGCAGACCGCAGUGAGAUUUUUUUUUUUUUUUUUUUUUUUAUACAAAAAUGAAAACGUCAGUUACACAGUGUCCAACCUCAACCCACCCAUCCAAAAAUAACUCUUGCAUGCACAGCAUGCCUGAGUUUCAACCUGAUGGCUGACCAACAUUCAUUGCUAGAAAUUAUCAGAGACUUGUUAACUAAGAAGGUUAUGUAUCGAUUUGAAUGUUACUGUUCCACUAUUUGAGAUAACUUCAAUAUAGGGCGCAAGAAUAACGUGCUAAUAAUUAAAAGUAAUUUUUAGUUUAUAUACUCCUUGUUUUGCUUGUUUGUGUUUCUGAUUGUCUUCUGAUGAGCAAAGUAUAGAAUUAUAUUGUAAUUAGAAAUGAUCAGCCAAAAAAUGUUUAAUUCCUGUGUUAUCUCAGGUACAGUAGUUAUGGCUCAAGAGGCUCUUGGGGAUAUGAUGGGCUGAAGUCGAGAAGUUCCUUGCCAGGCCUCACAGGACUUGGAAACCUUGGCAAUACAUGUUUCAUGAACUCUGCUCUUCAGUGCUUAAGCAACUGUGUCCCACUGACGGAGUACUUCUUAGCUGGUAAUUAUAAAGAGGAAUUAAACCGUGAUAACCCUUUGGGAAUGAGAGGAGAGAUUGCUAAUGCAUAUGCAGGACUUCUUCACCAGAUGUGGAAAGAGCAGUAUAGCUCAGUAGCUCCAAGACAAUUCAAAAUGCAGGUGGGACGGUUUGCCCCUCAGUUUUCUGGCUAUCAACAGCAAGACUCGCAAGAGCUUCUUGCUUUCCUCUUGGAUGGACUUCAUGAAGAUCUAAAUCGAGUUAAGAAGAAGCCUUACGUUGAACUAAAGGAUGCAGAUGGAAGGCCUGAUGGGGUAGGUUUCUCUGUUUCAAGAACCACACAAACCUUGAAGUGGCUGCGAAAUUUGUGAAAAAUUUUAAAUAUACAUGUAUGUGCUGUAGAAAGCUGUUCUUUCUCAGACCAGUACACAUAACUUAUUAUAUGGAGAUUAUUGCAUGACAGCUAUUAUAACCAUGAAUGUGAUUAUCAAGAUACAUAUAAUCACAGUAAUAGUAGUCAUAAUGAUAGUAAUUAAGCAAUAAAUUAAUGAUAGUGUUGGCAAUUAUGGCUAAUAUGAUAAAGACCAUAAGUAUUAAUUUUUAUAAAUGUGUAUCCUGUUAUUAUUAUAGUUAUUGUUAUUAUUAUUAUUAUUAUUAUUUUUGUUAUUAUUAUUAUUAUUAUUAUUAUUAUUAUCAUCAUCAUCUCGUCUAUCACAGUCUUUGCUGGUGUUCUUAUUGUGCAUCAGCCAGGUGCAAACCAUGCUCUUAGGGCAUCAGUCACUCAAGUCAAUUAAGCACCUUUCUUAGGAUUUGCAUGGAUCCCACCAUGCAGAUCUUUUGAAUCUCUGCCACAUUAGCUGCUUCUGAUACUUUCUUUAUGUUUUCCACUACUAGCACCAACAAGUACAGGGAUCACUUCAGUUCCAUAUGCCACAUUCUCUACAUUUCUGCACUAGUUCUAGAUCGUUGUACUUGCUUUUCUUUUCCAUUUCCUUCAGAGCAAUGUUUCUAUCUAAUGGAACAGUCAUAUCAAUCAGUUUGCAAGUGGAAUUCACUGAAUCUAUUACUAUGAUGUCUGGUCUGUUUGUUGCUAUAGUUCUGUCAGUAUUGACUGGCAUGUCCCAUAUGGUGGUGAUGUUGUUGUCUUUAUUGUGCAUCACAGUCUCUGGUUCAUGUUGGUACCAUUUGUCUGUAAUCUUGAUAUCAUGAUCUUUACAGAUGCUUCAAUGGAGACAUGCUGCAGCAUUAUUGUGCCUGGCGACGCAUUCCAUUUUGGCUAAUACCUCACAUCCAGAUACAAUAUGGUCCACUGUCUGAAUGUCCACAUUCUGCAUUUGCUCUCUGCUUGCGGGCCGCAAAUAACUUUCUCGUAGUUUCUGGUGUUUAUUGCCUGGUCUUGAGCUGCAAAAAGUAGUCCCUCUGUUUCUCCUUUCAGAUUACAUGACAACCAUUUGUUGGUGGUGACUGUGUCUACAUGAGGCUUUCUGUGUGUCUGUUCUUUGGUAAUAAGUAUGUUUGUGCUGUUGUGAAUCAAUCAGGCAGAUUUUCAGGGUUUUCUAUCACUUGGUUAUACAGCAGGUGGUGAUGUAGUGUUGUGAGUUGUUUGAGCCAGAAGUUAGGAAACACAUCAGGGCCCAGUGACUUCCAGUUGUUUGUUUUCUUUAAAGCAGUCUGCAACUCAUCUUUGCUUAUAUCCUCCCAUGGUUGGUAAUCUGUAUCUGCAUAAUUAUACAGAUAUAUGCAGAUACAGUCCAAUCUGCUGAAUGGAAUACAAAUAUAUGCAGAUACUUAUCCACUCUGCUGAAUGGUUGUACUCUCUAUUGUUCUCCAAGAUGGAACACCAGAAUUUGUUCUGUUGCUUCUUUUUCUUAGGUGGUUUUUCAACUGAUAUCUGUUCCUUAUCAAGGUUUCUGAAGAACGUUUUUCUAUCAUUUGCAAACAUCUGGUUUUGACUGAAUCAUUUACUUCUUUUUACAUAUCUCCUUAUUCUUUGGGCUUUUGCCUGAAUUUUCAGGCAUCUUUUUCUCUUCUUGGUUUGUUGUUAUUUUGUACUUCUUUUUAAUUCUUUGUUUUUUUCUUGCAGAUCUUUUGGGUUUCACCUUUCUGUGUCAUGUCUGUUAGUAUUGACAAUUCAGCUCUCAUGCUUUUAAUCUGAUCCUCAAAUCUUGUCUUCCAUAUUUGUUGUUGCCAUUUAUUGCCUUUUGUCCUUGGGAUUUUUGGCAUUUUACCCAUCUUUUUAGAUAUUACAUAUGCAUUCACAUAUUUUAGCAGGUUGAUGUUUUUGAGGUUGGGUACCUCUUCUGCUAUUACCAGCUGAAUUGCUUGAUUUGCUUGUUCGAUCAACAGCUCAACUUUUCUGUUCACUUAUAUCAUGGGUAGAAGGGGCCUCACUGUCAUUAUGAUGUUUCCCCAUUCAGCCCUUACCCUCUUAAUUUCUUUAACUAUCUUCGAUCUCAGAUUGGUUCUGUGACGGUUCUACCUCAUUUACAUUUAUUACCUCAUAAAGGUUGUUGGCCUUUUCUACAAACACAUCAUCUACUACACUAUCUAUUUCAUUGUUUUGUACAGUCUAUCCAUUUUCAAUCCAUUGCUCCAUGCUAUCUAGCUCAAUCCAUGUUGGUUUGUUUUGUUUCUCAAUAAAUCUAUGUUGGUUUAUAUUUUGGUUUUGUCUGUUAAAUUGUGCCUUUCAUUUGGGUUACUUUCCUUCCAUAUUCUGUAUGUAUCUUUUGUUACACCUUCACUGGGGUGUGCUUUGCCUUGUGAUAGCAGAACGUGACUUCAAUGUAAUCCUCUUGUGUCCAUUUCUGUCUGGUAUUUGUUCUUUUUGUGUUGGUACCUGCCCAAUCUGGUGUGGAAGGACCCUUUUGAGAGAGACUUAGUUGGGUUGGCCACCACUGCAGGUUGAGAGGGUAAAUCAGUCGCCAAUUUUUUUACCUCAGCUUGACUACUCACUUAGGGACAUGCUCCUUUUAAACCCAUGCGACAAGUGAUGCAGAGUAUGAAUUCCUUGUAUUUAUACUAAUUAUAUUGGUGAAGAUGCUAUUUGACCCAUAGUUGGAGAGAGGCUAUCCCACACCAGAUCUCAACUUUUGAUAUUUCUAACCCUUGCAAAUUUAUUAGUUAUUAUUAUUAUUAUUAUUAUUAUUAUUAUUAUUAUUAUUAUUAUUAUUAUUAUUAUUAUUAUAAUCAUCAUCUCUGUAUUUUUUAUAACUAGUGUGUUUUAGGAGGGAGAAUGUAUCUCAAUCAUUUUUUUUCCUGCAAUCAGUUAUGUGGUUGGUAUCCCACAGCUAUUAUUUUAGAUUUUAAAAAAAUACCACAGGCUUAAAAUAAUAAUAAUAAUAAUAAUGAUUUUAACAAGUCAAGAGAGAACUUGGAACAAGAAGUAAAAUUAAGCAAGAUAAACAAAAAAUUGAAGUGGAUUAGAAAGAUGAAUUAAAUGCUAACCACUUUUGAUAUUCACAUUCUUUUUUUUUUUUUUUUUUUUUUUUUUUUUUUUUUUUUCAAGUUAAAAUUAUUUCAACUUACCAAGAACAUGCUGACAAGAAUUAUGGUCUUACCUAGUAAAAAGCACAACCAGUACCCAAAAAUCCCUCCAGGGCACUUUUGUUUAGAUUGUUGGAGUCUGAUAAUCUGCUCCUGCUCAGAAACUCUGGAAGUGCAAUGACCCAAAAAAUUUUAACUUGGGCUUUAGCAUAGGAAUUCUAAGUAAUUAUGCCCUUUGAAUGAAACCACAUUUACUCACUUUAAAGGCUAUAUUUUUACAAUAAUUUCUUAUUACUGUUAAUUGUUAAUGUUGAUGAAGUUGGUUUUAUUUGUAAUACCAAGAUCCACUCCUUUCCUUUUGUUUUGUUUUUUAGUUUUCCCAUCUGUUAUGACAGUUUUGUCAUUUCUGAAAACAAAUUUUUUAUUGAUAGUGUUGUAAACAAAGAAAAUAUCUCUACAUGGUCUUCUUUUAAGAGCCCAAAGUAUACAAGUCUAUGCUCUAAGAAAAAAUUAAGGGAGCCCAGUGCUCUGAAACUGUGAAAUCCCAGAGCUCAGCACAUGCUUUUUAUGAGAAAAGUAAAAUUUGUGAGUCGCCCGAGUGCAAACAUGAGGUGCCAAGGGCCUGCAACAGAAUUGCUAGAGCACAGCCCUCAUACAGUUGAUCAUCUAAAUUUAAAGUGCCUAAGUAAACACCAUGCUGAGUGAGUGCCAUAAAAAUCUUAUUUUUUUACAUUCUCAUUCCCAUGGGAAAAAUGGAAGGAUUUUAGGGGGACCAAUGAGAAACAACUAAUUUAAACUAACUUGUGCAUUAACCUAAUAUUUUGGACAAAGUGUUGUCAUCUUAGAACAAAUAGGAGCAGUGAUCUUAGAAUCUUGAGAAUUGAAACAGAUGACUUCCUGUCACAGCAAGUUGUCUUAUACUAGAAAUUAAUACAAAAUAAUGCUCUGCAAUUCUCCUAACAUGGAAAACAUGAAUUAAACACACUGAGUUAUCAUAUCUACAGAGUUGUGAGUGAACCACUUUUGCCAUAAUAUGUUUUUUGGUGUCAACAUCUUUAUCAUUAUUGUCAUCAAUUGAUUGUAUUUGGACAAGGUUUGAAAUGUGUUGCGAAUGUUUAGGUUGUUGCAGAAGAGUCCUGGCAUAACCACCUUCAGAGAAACAAUUCUGUCAUUGUUGAUACAUUUCAUGGACUUUUUAAAUCAACUUUGGUUUGUCCAGAUUGUGUUAAGGUUAGUGCCUGUGUGAAAUUAUGGUUGAUCAAUUAUAAGUGCUCUACAAUUUGUGGAUCAAGUUGUCCUUCAAUGAUUUUGAGACAGGUUGUAUGCAAUAUGCUUAAGAUCAGAAAGACUGGUAAUUAAGCUAUGAUUUAAUUCAGAGAGAGUGUAUGAAUGUCAAUUACAAUGCCCUGACAAUUGUAUAAAUAAAAGGUGUGCAUUGCAAGCAAAGAGGCUGAGGCUUCCUACAAGCAAACCAAAGUAGAUUACUUGCUGUGAAAUCUUUCUUUAUGUGGUAGUUGAGCUUAAAAUUUACAUUCAUUAUAAUUUUCUUUAAUUCCAUAUAACCGUUUUAGCAUUGCUGAUCUUAAAAGUAUUUGGGAGGUGUUUAUAAGGGUGUUCUCCUUUUCAGAUGGUAACCAAUAAGAUUUACCGUCUGUUUUACCUCUUACCACCUAAAUCCUGUGGAUUCUUUAAAAUUCAACAACUAAAAGGAUUGCAAUUCAAGUUUCUUUGAUCUGUCAAGCUUAAAAUAAAGAAGUUGUUUAUUUAGUUGGUCAAGGGAAUUUCUAUUUGCCUUGGAAAAGGCUAAGAAUUGCAAAACCUAUGGCUGUAGCAACCAUAAGGUUGUUUCACUUAUGAACCAAGUAAUGACAUAGCUCACCAUAGAGUUCUCUGUCACACAGUGGUAGACUGUCAAGUGUGGAUCCAAAACUCUUAGGUUUGAUUUCUCAUGGGCACCAUCUUUCUUUAAAUCACACUACUUUGACACCAGUUUGUGCCAGUACAGAAUAAAGGCUUCAACAAACCAUGGACAAGUUAUACGGCAUCGUUGAGCCUGUGAAUGGUUUCAAUAAUAAUCUAAUCUAAGACAUUAAUAAUUUUGUUUUUCAUUAAUAAUUUUGUGAGCAAACCCACAAGGCAUCAAUCAUUUGUUUUUAAAAGUGUUGUUUUUUAUCUACUGAAGGUGUCUGUCACUUUUGACCCAUUCUGCUACCUAUCGUUGCCACUGCCAGUCAAGAAGGAGAGAAGUCUUGAUAUUUUUCUGGUGCCCAGUGAUCCUCUUAAGAAACCUACCCUGGUGAGUUUCGUUGCCUUAUUUUACAACCAAAAGUGAAGUAUUCCAUUUUUCAAACGGGACUUGGUUUUUCUUGUUCCACAAGAUAAGUCAUUGUUCUUAUUACAAUGUUUUGUUUACCAAUUCAGGUCUGAAGGGUACUCCCAGCUUUAUAUGUUGUAAAUUAUAACUGCAUACAUGUACAUGUAUGUAUGUGGAUAAGAAGAAAUUUGAAACAUACAGUUCUCUAGAGCAUUAUCGCAUGACCUGAAGAGGGUAAACAAAACAUACAGUCUUGAAAGCUAAAGAAGUCUUUUGACAGUAAUGCUAGUCAUUAUUUCAUUCAUGCCAAUGCACAUUCUAAUGUACAUGUAGUUAUCAAAUUGCCAAUCCUUCAAAAUAAUUCAUUUUCUGUUAGUAUAUAUAUAAAAAUUAUCUUCUCUUGGGUUCAACGUAUUACCUUUAAAGAACAAAUUUGUUUUAAGGUUGCCAAGGACAUUUAAGCAUAGUCUUAGUUUAAAACCUUUACUUUGGUAUUGUAAUUGAAGAUCCUCUUCUCAUUCAGUUUCGCCUUUUUCACACACAAAAAGAAACAAAGAUAGUGAUCCUUGAAUUAAAAAUAAAGCUAUAUUUUCUUGACCAAAGUUGCCAUUCUUGAGCUCAGAUUCUUUUUCACAGUUAUAGUACAUCACUAGGCCAUGUCACAUUGUAAUUUACUAAGAAUACUGUCUGUAAGAACCAUAUGACAAAACUUUCAAGCUUUAAGUCAAUAGACUAACAGCUAUUUCUCCACCAUUUUAAGAAAUUAAAAUGUCUUUCAGCAUCUCUUAUCAGUUAGUUAAGAUUGUGUAUCAUUGUAAAUGUACCAAGUAUUCACAGCAGAAUCUUAAUGUUGCAUAAUCUCAAUUACAGCAUUUAUCUCUUCUUUAUGAAUUAUAGUACAAGUUAGCAGUACCAAAAAUGGGUAAUGUUGCUGAUUUACUAGCUGUUUUGUCAAAAGAGGCCAAUAUUCCCAAAGACAAGGUAAUAUUUGCUGGCUUGCUGAUGUAGAUUUAGCCAAGACUAAAAGUUGUGCCUCAAAUAUGUAUUUUGCAUGUCAAAUGACUGAAGUGAUUGAAGUGAUGUAGAUUGAGCCAAGAGUAAAGGUUGUGCCUCAAAUAUCUAUUUUGCAUGUCUAAUGACUGAAGUGAGGGAUUUUUUGCCAUGCAGUGAACUAUUGUUAAUAGGUGAAUCUUUUAUGUCUUGCAGAUGAUAGUAACUGAUGUAUACAAUCAUAGGUUUCACAAGGUGUUUUCUCUUAGUGAGUCGCUGACUCAAAUCCUGGACAGGGAUGACAUAUUUGUGUUAGUGAUAGAAUUGAACUUCAUUGAUUGUAUCUAGGGUGGCAUAGACAAAAUCUGGAUCAGACCAGAUCAGAUCACAGAUCGGAUCAUGGAUCAGAUCAUAGAUCAGAUUAUGGAUCAUGGAUUGGAUCAUGUUAACUAAAAUUAGAAAUCAUGUGUGACAAGCCAAAAUAAGAUCUGCUUGACAUAAUAGAUUGAAGGCCCCUCUGGAAGUAUUUUUUGGCCCAAAACCUCUUUGAUUGGAUCACAAAUCAAAAAAAGGAGGUUUGAAAAAUAAAACAAGGAAAUUGUUUACAAAAGAAAAGAGUUUUAAAAAAAGAGGUGGGGGGGGGGGUGAAAAAAUUAAAAUGUGUUCAAUGAAAAUUUGGGAUGUUGCAUAACAAGCCAAAAGAGAGUCUGCAUGACAAAAUGGAGUGCAGGCCCAUUUUUUGCCCCAAAACUCCAUGUAGUCACUUUUGCUGUGUACCAAAAAAAAAAAAAAAAAAAAACUCCCAGUGAGGCCUGCACUCCAUUAUGCUACACAGACUUUAUUUUGGGUUGUCAUGCAAAAUUUCUUAUCUCAGUUGACAUGAUCCAAUCCACCAUUAGACCAAUGAUCUGAUCUGUAAUGCAAUCCGUCAUCCAUUCUGUCAUCUAAUCCAUGUUCUGGUCAGUGAUCUGAUCCGUGAUCUGAUCCAGAUUUUGUGCAAUGCUGUAUCCAGGGAGGCUUGCUGUAAUUUUCAAAAUGAAAAAAAAUGAAAAUUUGUAAUUUGCAAAAUAGGAAUCUGUUAAUGAUUUGCAAAGUAGAAAUCUGUUAAUGAUUUGCAAAACAGAAACCUGUAAUUUGCAAGAUAUAAAUUUUUAAUUUGCGAAAUGAGAAUCCCUUUGGAUAACUCUACGGGCCAAAAGAAUGAAUGGGUCAGUCCACCACAAAUGGGUAUUGCAUAAACAACCUAUCAAAUGAUAACAACAGCUAGCACAAGUGAGAAAUGAAAAAUCUGCCUGAUGUACUUUGUGAAAUUUCUACUACAUUUAUAAUAAAUCAAUGGGUCAUCUAUGUGUAGUAAGACUCACACCAUCAAGCCAUUACAAGUGCAAAUGCAAUUUAAAAUAUUAGCUGGUACUGAAGUCACCUUCCUGACUGGUAAUGCACAUGGAAAAUGUGUCAAUUUGUUUUUUGAUAAAAUAUCAAGUUUGUUGGGAAAAUGGAACUAACCCAAGCUCUUUGAUUUUCUUAAGUUUCAUGACAGCUGUUUGUACAGAUUUUUAUUUUGCAAUUUACAGAAUUUCAUUUUGUUUUGUUUCGUUUUGUAAAUUAGAGUAAGCCUCCAGGGAAGAUAGGUAGGAAAAAUUUUUCAAGGCAGUUGGAAAAAACACCUACCAAUAACAAUUGUGCCAAUAUGAGGAGCCAUUAAAUCCCUUACUAACCUAGGGGUUUGCAUUGUCGCAAGGCAAAAAAAAAGUGACUGACUGCAUGUUCAUGUACCUUUUGUCACCUCUUUGUGGAUAACCCACCAAGUGUCGUGUAUUCCACCCAACAAGCACAUCAGCGAUGUUAGGAAAUACUAGUAUUAAGAUUCCUUAUUGACUACAACCCAUAUAAAUAACAGUGACACAACAUGGUGACUGGUACUUUAGGCUCAAACCAUUUAAUUUUUCAAUAGCUUAAUCUUUACCACUGCAAAAUCUGUUUGAUUUGUUUGUACAAACACAUUCUCAAAUGAAUUAAGAUUUUUUAUAUUAUUGUUAAUGUUAUUUUGGGGGCCUAUUUUUCAUUUUUAAGCUAUGAACUACAGCACAGCAAACCGGAGAGUGAUGAAGAUAAUUACAUUGUUCUUCCUGUUUACCAAAGAGAAAAAAGGUGAACCUUUUGCUCAAACAUUUCAUACAGUGUAUAAUUCUAUUGUUCAGGGACAGUUUGUUCAAAGAUGGGUAAAAAUAACCCAGGAUCAGUGUGAAAUUUUAUUUCAGAUCUGAAAGCUUUAAAAAAAAAUCCACAAUAAUCUUUUUGUCUACACUGUUGUGAUUGGAUGCUCUAAAGAGAAUCAAGAAAAUUAUUCCAAAUAGUCAUUUGAACAAGGAAUUAAAAAAACAUUGAUUGAAAUGUAACCUUAGGCUAGCACUAAUCAGUCAUGGAACAACUGGGCCCUGGUCUGCCCAGAAUUAUCUGUUCAUGUAUGCACUCUUAGGUGUAUUGGUGUGUUGUGGUGAAAAUUUAUUCAUGGAAACUGAAACUGAAGUCACAAGGUUGUUGGGACUAUGAUGAGGAACUGUUAGUAAAGGUAAUUACAUCAUUUCUCAUGCAGUUUGGAAUAAAUCAGCAGGAGUAAAUUUUUCUAUCCAAACUGCACAAGCUUAUAGGGCAAAUGCAAUUUUCAGUCUCUGAAAAGUACAUGAGUGCUGAUAUAUUCCAAAUUGCUUAAGAAAAAUCAUGUGAUUGCUAGUUAAUGAUAUACAAGCAAAUAUAACUCUGACAGAAUCAUCGCACCAGUCACAAAACCUACAACUUGGAUCUCCUCAGCGUUGGCUGUCCCCAAAAAGAAUAGGAAAAUUCAGGUAUUCCUUGACCCAAAGGAACUAAAUAAAGCAAAUCUUCAUGAGAACUAUGCCAUGCCAAUAUCAAGGAUAUCACUACUCUAGCCUCUCUACUUGAAUUAAAGCAACCAGUGAGCUUUGCUUCCAGGAUCCUAACUUAAAUUGAGACCAGGUAUGCCCAAGUUGAGAAAGAGUUCUGUGCCAUUGUGUUCACCAGCAAGAAAUUUCAUUAUAAUUUUGGGUGCAAUGAAAUCCAUGUGGAAACAGGUCACAAGCCCUUGGAGGCGAUCUCUUAGAAGAGCCUCUGUGAUGCCUCAGCAAGACUGCAGCAAAUACUUCUCUGACUUUAGUGUUGCAAUCUGAAAGUUAGGUACAAGAAAGGCCCCCUUAUGUAAGUUUCUUACCUAAGUGAAAUGGCUUCUUGUGAGGAGGCAAAGUCUCUUGAGCUUGUGGACCACAUUGAGACCUUGCAUAUUUCUCCAUAUUGACUGGCACUGAUUAAGAAUGAAUCUUUCCAAGGUCACAUCUGUAAAUCUCUCAGGCAAGUCAUCUUGAACGGGUAGUUAGACGACAUUUGCAAUUGCAAUCCAGCCCUUGGUCCCUUCUCCCAGUUCUAUGGGGAACUGAUUAUCCAAGGACACUUGAUUCUCCUUGGUUCUUGUCGGUUUGUUCCCAGUGCACUGAGAAAAGAAAUCAUGGCUCUGGCUCAUUCAAGCCACAUUAGACUUAGUUGUUGCCCUCCUCAUUAGCAAGAAUGCAUGUUCUGACGCGAAAUGAGCUCGCAAAUGAAAGACUUUGUUAGUCAAUGCCAUCUUUAUGUCACUUGCCAUGAUUCACAAGUCAGAGAACCCAUACUUCAACAUGAUGUUUCUCCACAUCCUUGGGCCAAGAUAGCUGCUCCAUAUAUCAUUGCCAUAGGUGUAUAGGGUCCUUUGCAAGAUCAUUGCUGUACUUAAAAUAAAUGGGUAUAACCUGAUUAGACGGGACAGAAGAGAUGCAAGACAUGGCAGAGUGUGCAUGUAUAUAAAAUCAUCAAUCCCUUUUACUGUUCUGGAGGAUCCCGAGGAUGAAAAAUGUUCUUUUGAGGUAUUGUGGAUUAAAAUGCACCUGACUCAUCUCCCAAGGGGCAUCUCAAGCAUUAUUGCUGGUGUUGCUUAUCAUCCACCAAAAGCAAUAAAUUCUAUGAUGUUGGACUAUUUGACUAAGUGUUUAAUGGACUUGGAGUCUAAAUACUCAAAUUGCGGUUUUCUCGUACUCAGUGACCUUAACCAUCUGAACAAUGCAAGGCUCAAAUCAAACUUCAAACUGAAGCAGAUUGUGCAUUUUCCUACUCAUGGGCAAAACACUCUCGACAAGAUUCUUACCAACCUUCAGGAUUACUACGACACCCCAGUUGAACAUUCCGCUUUUGGUCUUUCAGAUCAUAGCUCAGUUGAAGUACAGCCAAAGCAAAGGGUUAAAACAUCGCAAACAAUACAAACUGUUAUUUCAAGGGACUUUCGACCAAGUAAUCCUGUUGUAAUGCAAACAUAUUUAUAUGAAGUCGAUGUGAAUGCGAUGAUCAGAGCUAUGACCACUUGUGAACGAAAAGUUGUCGAUGUUACAAACGAUCAUCAAAACUGGCCUUGAUUCUAUCUUACCGAUGAAGCCUAAAAUUGUCCACCAAACAGAACCACCAUGGAUAAAUUCAACCCUUAAGACCUUGAUUCAAAAGUAACAAGUGGCCUUAGGCCCAGGAGACCAAGCAGAGUUUAACCAUCUGAGAAAUCUUGUUAACUAAGAACGUAAAAGAUGCCAUGUGAAGUAUUACAAGUGUAAAGUGCAACAUCUUAAGGGGUGUUCCCCAGCUAAGUGGUGGGGCGAAAUCAAGAAACUUAGUGGAAUGGAGGGGUCACAUGAUAAUGUCCUAGAAGGUGCACGUGGUCUAUCAGCAACUGACCUUGCAAACCACAUCAACACAGCUUUCUUGGCCCCAAUGGAGGUUUUUGAACCGCUUACCCGCAAUCUAUGUAGGGGAGACGAUUUUGUGUCUUUGAGCAGAACUAUGAAUGAUGAUUUCUCACUAAUAUCAGCAUUUUCUAUCUUUAGAAAGUUAUGCUCUAUUAAUCCAGCUAAGGCACAAGGACCGGACGGUAUCCCCGGAUGGCUCCUAAAGGAGAAUGCGGAUCUUUAGGCACCAUCCAUCAUGGAUAUCAUGAAUGCCUCCCUUCAUGAAGGCCGUUUGCCCUUAUCUUGGAAAGAGGCAGAUAUCGUCCCUGUCCCCAAGUAAAGACCUAUCCAAGAAAUCAAUAAGCACCUUUGCCCUUUCCAAGAUUUCAGAAGAUUACAUUGUUCAUGAAUUUGUGAUACCUGCCGUGUUAAAGAAAAUCGUAAAAGACAAUAUGGGACAAUACCUAAAUCAUGCACUACGCACGCACUUGUUAGCAUAAUCCAUAACUGGCACGUCAGCUCCGAUGGGAAUUCGACUGUGAUUAGGGUGGUUCUAUUAGAUUUCCGUAAGGCAUUCAAUCUUAUUGAUCACAACAUCUUAGUGCGUAAACUCUUAGAUUACAAUAUUCCGAACCACAUAUUAUGCUGGAUUGUUGACUUUUUAUAAGAUAGAAGACAGAGAGUUAAACUGGCCGAGGAUCGCUUCUCCGAAUGGCGUUACAUUCCAGCUGGUGUCCCACAGGGGACCAAGCUUGGGCCAUGAUUAUUUUUAAUUAUGAUUAAUGAUCUGAAUGCAGGAGAAGCAGAGAUGUGGAAAUAUGUGGAUGAUACCACAAUUUCAGAGGUGAUAGCUAAAGGCCAAGAGAGCUGUAUUCAGCAAAUGGUAGACGAUCUUGCAAUACAAGCCAGGGAUGAAGGUUUUCAGUUAAACAAAAGGAAAUGUAAAGAGCUAAGGAUUAGCUUCGCAAAAAACGAACCAGAAUUUGAUCCUAUCUGGGUUAACCGUCAGACCCUUGAGACUGAAAAGUAUAAAAUUAUUAGGACUCAAUAUAAGUAGUGAUUUAAAAUGGAAUGCCCAUGUGUUAGAGCUAGUUAGGAAGGUUUCUACAAGACCAUAUUUUCUAAGACAGUUGAAGAGAUCGCAUGUCGCCACAAAAGAGCUUCAGUCUUCUAUUUUACAUUACAUGCAUUCAGUCUACCCUGGAGUACGGCAGCCCAGUUUUCCAUCACGCUUUAACAAGUUAUUUAAGCAAAGGCCUAGAAAGACUUCAAAAACAUGCUAUGAAGAUUAUUUAUCCUGAGCUUUCGUAUGCCAAGGCUCUGGAAAUAUCUGGACUUUUAACGCUGUAUGAUAGAAGAGAGGCAAUCGCAGCAAAGUUGUUCAAUGAAAUAUGUGCAAAUCAAUCUCACAGUCUUCAUAAACUACUUCCAAGCAAAUACCAACCUGGCUACUAUCUGAGAGAACAAAGAACAUUUAUUCGUCCUGGGUGUAAAACUGAAAGAUGCAAGAAUAGCUUUCUCUUAAGUUACGUUUAUCAUAGGUGAUAAUUAGAUAUUAAUUUGUUUCUUAUUUUACAUAGGAAUUUGACGCAUGCUUGUAAUUUUGUCAUUCUGUAACAGUUUUUAAUUAGGAAAUUAAUUAAUUAGUUGUAAUUUUGUAAGCUGGAAAUUUCGCGUUUGUAAACCUUCUCACAAUUCAGCUUUUGGCUGCAAGUUCUUAAGGUGAAUAAACUAUCUAUCUAUCGAUCUAUCUAUCUAUCUAUCUAUCUAUCUAUCUAUCUAAAUAAGCUUUUUGUGGUGAACCAAUGAUCCUAUGUAAUUGUUUCCUCCAAACCCGACACAAGUUAUAAAUAGCCACUCAUAAAUACACCAACUCAUUGGUUCAAAUUAGCGUUUAUCUACCAGUUGGUAGUCAGCUCCUCAUUGAUUUCCAUUGUUUUUCAGGGCAAGACUGACCAGUUAUAGCUACAGCAGUUCAAACAAAGCUUUGUUUGGACUUCCUCUCAUGGUUUCUGUUCCAAGAAAAAAUCUUACUUACCAGGCAUUGUAUUGCAUUCUAUUGGAGAGAAUGAAGUAAGUAUGUCUAGUAUUAGUUUGAGGAAAUUUUUUUUGAAAGAAAACUAUUUACAGGAAUGUGAAAGAAUAAUUAUUUUAAAGUUUUUUUUUUCCAUUGGACUAGCUUAGGUUGAAAUAAUGGCAUGAAGUAAGCUUAAUUUUUUUCACAAUUCCCUGAAAUAGACUUUUUUUUCAUCUGAAAACAAGGCAGAAAUCUCCCAAACCAAUGAUCUGUAACCCGUUUAUGUUCUCAUUGUUUACCAUUAAGGAACAAGAAAUUGUGUUGAUUAUGUGUGAAAGAUUUAUAUUCAUGGAAAUAAAAAAAAAAGGAGAUCAUACAUGUAAAUUUUUUUCAUUAAGUUUUUUUUUUUUAUUAUUUAGACGCUUUAUCACGUUGCCCAGUGGGGAUAUGGGAGUAGAUGAAUGUGAGGCUGGUAAGUUAGAUUCAAGCACACUUGAAAGCUUUCAGGAAAAAGUUUGAGAUGACUUCCAGUUUCAAGCAAUGUUUUGAGCAUGUUCAAAAUGAUUAGCAUUAGGAGGUAUCAGUCCAAGAAAUGUUGUCAAUUUUUUGAUACAUAAAAAUGUUGGAGCACAAAUGCAAGUAGAUUUUUAUCCAUUAAUUAUUUCUUAGUUAUAAUUUAAAAAUGAUCAUCAACAGGUAACGUAAAUUUUUUUAUAAUUCCUUGUCUUGGAAAAUUGUAGGUUAAUUAGGUGUUACACUAUGUCUGGCCUCUAAGACUAGAUGCAUAGAAAAUAAUACAUGGGCACACAUAGAUAUGGAAUUUCUCCUCAAGUGUUUAACUCGAUAGCUCAUGAGUAAGCCCAGCAAACAAGUGAGAUGUUGCAUUGAACAGGAGAAGAGAAAUUUCAUAUCUACAAGCAACCAUGUAUUAAUUUGUGUAUCAUAUAAACACAAUAGCCCAUUACUGACAAGAAAAGUCAUUUUUAUUUACAAAUGAUGAUAAAAGGAUUGACAUCCCCAAUUAAAUUCAAUACAAGAUUCUCAGUUAUUUACUUUGUUCUUACUAAGAAAGUAAGAAGUAAGUGAAAUCUGUCAAGUACACAGCCAAAAUUGAGCUGUGGCAAUUCAUCCAGUUGUUGAUUUUCACCCUCAGCCAGGAGAAAUUACAAUUACCAAAGCCACUAAAUACUUAACUUUCAGUUUUCUUUUCGUAUUUUGGUUUUCUUCCCCUUUUAGGAAAGUUUGAACAUCACUGUCUGUAAGCAAUAUGGAUUUUAUAUUAGUGUUUUAGCAGCCAUAUUCCAAGAAAAUUCUGACAAACAACAGCAAAGGCUUUGCUGUUUAUUCAUCAACAUGACCAGCUGGCGCAAAAGGCGAGUGACAUGUCAGCAGCUGAUUGGCAAUAUUAAACACACAUGAAAAAAUAUAUUUUAUCACAUGUGAUGUUACAGCUUUUCUCAGGGCUGGAAAUCCUUGUAUAACACAGUAGUAGUACACAAAAUUAUGAGCAAGGCAAGAUGUUUACACAACACAACUGAAAAGUUAAAUGUAAAGGUGAAAACCAAGGGAUAAACUCUUACCCCUAAAAUAACCACCAAAAAAGUUUAACUUUACUGGGUCCAACAAACUGAUAAAGACAAAUGAAUAUUUUAAAUUUGUUUUUGGCUGUUGCUUUAUAGAUGUGGAAAUGAACGAGGACAAAAGUGAAGACAGGGAAACAGAGGAUUGUGAGGACAGAGAAUUGGAAAAGGCUUACCAAAAUGUGCAUGUCAAUGUGCGUUGUCAGAUUGUUUUCUUUCUAUUGAUAAAUAUCUAUGGUAUUUUGACCAUUAUUCUGCUAUUUAUUUCACAAUCCCUUUCAUGUACAUCUUCCAUUAAUGUGGUUUAUUUUGGAUACCCCAUAUUUUAUCUAUAGGGUGAUGACAAUGAGGAUGAUAACAAAAAUUCACAAAUUGGUGAUUCUGUUGACCUUCAUCAAAAUAAUGAUAUCAAAACACAAAUCAAAGGAAAGGCAAGAAAGUAUCUCUUUAACAUGGUACUAGUUAACUCAUAUGGCAGUACUGAUAUCCAGGUCUUAGAAGAUGAUGGCGAGCCCCCCAAACUCACAGGUGAUAAUGAUCUUUUUUAUGGCAGUGUCAAGUAUAUUUAGUCAGUAGUACAGGAUUAAAGCACAUUACUCUAUAUCUCUAUGGAUUUCAAUGUAGACUAUCACCAAAAUUUGAGGUCACAAUCAUAACCAAUGAUUCUGCUCUUUCCACUGUCAUUGUAGCACCUUCCUUUGACAUCAUUACCCUGAUUAGUACACCUUUAAACAGGUAGUCUUCUAUAUGAUUUCCUUUUCCAUUCUUAAUGUCCCUCUGGCUGAACACAAACAAAAAGUCCUGUUAUCACUUUUAUCAUCUCUGCUGACUAAUAUAUUUUGAUUUUGAUAAAUAGCACGUUGCUUUCUUGCACUGGACUGGGACUCAGAGAUGAAGGAGAAUUGCUACAAUGAUCAACUUGCUGAGGUUAUUUUUAGCUAUUCAUUUAAUAUAUUCAUUGAAUGUUCUAUUCAAGAAUUUUUGUAGAAUUGUAUCUGAUAGAAGCCAAUCAUAUACUUUGGACAUUUUUUCUUCAUGGCCAAGAGGGCAUAGAUAUUUCAUCUGGAACCCUCUUUUUUCUCUUAUUUUUCAUACCUUAGCUAAACAAAAGUUGAGAAAGAUGUUUUCAUACACAAGUAUGGGACAAAGAAAAACUUGAGUCCCCACGAGGAAUCAAACCUUAGGCCUUCACCUUCCAAUGCUUUACUUCUGAUUUACCAAGACUCUAUGGUGAGCAAAGCCCAUUACAAAGUUCAUAUAUGACAUGCAUCCUACUUACUGCUAGGAUCAAUAAUGUUGAUAUUAAUGUUUGGAAAUAGAAUAAAGAAGGUGAUAAGUCUUAAGCUUGGUAGAUGAAUGGUUUGUCACAAAUGGAUCAAUAAUGUUGAUAGCAUCAUGUUUGUAAAUAGAAUAAGGAAGGUGGUAAGUCUUAAGCUUGGUAGAGAAAUGGUAUUGUCACAAAUGUGGGACAAAAAAUUUCAGUCUCCAUGAAGAUCAAACCUCAGACCUUCAGACUCAGCGUUCCAACACACUACCACUCUUGUGACAAGACAAAAAACAUCUUCCUCUGUUUCUUUCUGAGCUUAAAACCUACCAUCUUCUUUAUUAUAUUUACAAAACAUGACAUUAUUAACAUUGGUGAUCUCAGCAGUAUGCAGGAUGUGUGUCAUAAUCAUAUGAACUUUGUAAUGAGCCUUGCUCUUGAGUUUCCGUGGCUCAGUGGUAAAGCAUCGGAGCACAGAGUCUGCACUAUUUAUCCAUUAUUUAAAGGGAAUGGGUCUCAGAUUGAGGUAGAUUGUGGAUCUGGCCAGUGGCCUUUUCUUCAGUAUGUAGUUUCUUCAUAUAACCCAUGAAGAUACAACUUUCUUAGGAAUCUGAUGAGCAUCAAAGUGUGCAUAAGAAGCCAGCAUCAAAGAAAAACUCCAUUGCUUUGGAUGACUGCAUUGACCUCUUUUUGUCUAAAGAAAAACUUGGAGCAAAUGACCCAUGGUGAGCUCAACCUUUACUUUUUAAAUAGUAAAUCUGCCUGUUUUGCUGUACUACUUGGUGCAAAUAUCUUAAUUUUCAUUUAUUUGAAGGUCUAUUUUAUCCAUCUGACCACUUUCUCAAGUGAACAAAUCCCACAAGUGACCACUUUUUAAAUAGCCAUUUUGUUGUCAAAGAACUGUUUGGAAACUCACUCCUAAGGAUCCACAGAUAUAAUUUGUUAUGCAACCAAAAUCGACACUGCAAGCACCCUUUUCAGCCUCUUCUUUUUCCCAUAAAGAUUGUUUUUGCUAGAGAGACCUAAUUGUACAUCUAUGAACAUAGUGGUCCCAUGCCUCAGCCAAAUACAUCCAAUCAGAGAGAAACAGCUGUAGUUGAAUAUAUAUAUUUGUAGCAGUUCUUUUGUUCUGAGACUCUUACAGCUUAUAAUAUUCCCAUCAAAAGCUGAACAAGCUAGGUGUGAGGAUUGUGAAAAGAAAAAGAAUUUAUUACAGACAGAACAGCAUAAGAAAACCCAAUUUCAACCUUAUUUCUGCAAAGCUAAAAUAAAUAUGAUUUCUUCUUAAAUGUAAGUCCUUAAACUUUAAGGAUUGACAAUCCUGUGUUUGUGUAAAUUUAAUAUGAAGUAGAUUGAUUAAUGAUUGAAAUUUGUUAACCCAUCAAACUCUUUUCUUAUUGGUGGUUAACUUAUGAAAUAACAAUAUUCUUACACUAUCUAGGUACUGUCCGUCCUGUGAGAAGCAUCAACAAGCCACCAAGAAGUUUGACCUGUGGAAUCUUCCCAAAAUCCUUGUUGUUCACUUGAAACGAUUCUCAUACAACAGGUUUGCAGAUUUUACCAUGUAUUUUAUCAGGGUGUUUCAUUUUGUGACAUUCAAAUCAAUAGCAUCCUUCAUAUUAGAUGAAUGUUCAAUGAAAAAAGCACUGUGUUGGAAAAAAGAACAGGAAAGAUGUUAAAUUCUGUGCUUGGCAAUUAAAUAAGGGAAACUGGUAUUAGUUGUGUCACAAAUUCUACUUACUUACAAGACUUUUCCUGCAUUGAUGAUUGUAGCAAUAACCAGGAUGCUGGUCACAUAAAAUAUUAAAAAAGUAUUAGGCAUUACUCACCCUAGGGGUUUCUUUAGAUCAAAGCUAGAACAUUGAAGUGUGGAAUCUGAAGGUUGGAGAUUCAACUUCCUCUGCACACUCAGAAUUUUUGCAUUGUCCAACACUGGUGUCAUGACAAGAAAACAUCUUUCUUUACAAAGAUGAUACUCCCCUGGGCAGGGUAACUUAUGGUUGUCAUUGACAUUGUGAAACAUGUUUUUAUUGAAGCCAGAAAGUGACCAGCUUGAGUUUGCUUUAUUUAUCUCUUAGACUUAGUAAUAGAUCUCAAAUAGUUUUCUCUCUGUUUUUGUAAAGUUUUUGGCGAGAUAAACUUGACACAGUGGUUUCUUUUCCUUUGAGGUGAGUGUUAUAGUUUAGCUUUCAAUAGAACUGAAACUACCAUCUAAUUCAAGGAUAUAAAAUUAUACUUAAAAUCAAGUGGUAUUUCGGGUCAGUCUUGAGUGGAAAGGAGGAAACAAUAUCAGCUUUCUAACAAAGUGCAAAAGCAAUGAAUGAAGAGGGUGUUAUUCUCACAUGCAGCUUUCUAUGAAGUCGCCUAGCCCUCCAGAUUAUAUCAACAUAUUUUGCCUGUUUCAUAGUUUUCACAAUGCUCAAGUGGCUUUUCAACAUAACUGAUAGCAGACAAAAUAACCUUGUCUUAAGCAUCCCUGUCACUACUAGCAGAACUUGAAAAUUCGUUGGAGAAGUCUGCAGUGAAUGCACCAGCAGGUGUAGGAUUACAAGAAUUCUAUACAUAGAGUAAAUUACGUGUAAUUUUGCAAAGCCAUUAAUUCCUACCAGAUUGAUGGCAAUGAUGGGGUGCCUACAAUAAAAUUGAUGGAUAAUCCUUGGAGGCCUUGUGUCUAGUUUUCUCUUUUCUUUUCCUCUUCAAUCAUCAUGACAUUUGUACAAACAUUUUGGCAUGUGGUGGAUGAAUUUGAAACUUAACUAUAAGUUUAAGAAAUACAAAUGAUUUGAUAACUACAUCUUGUCCGUUGAUGACUCAAGUGAUUAUUCAAAUUAUUGUGUGACAACAACACCGUAAAGACACAUCAUGUCAAUCUCUCAGAUUGUUUAAAGAAAACUUGGCUUUCUAGACAAGAUCUUUAGUAAAAAGCAAUUCUUUUUAUUUGCAACAAAGUUUAUAAGGAUCUCAAUACGAAUAAAGUAAGAUAAACAUCACCAAUGACUCUAAUAGCUUCAGACGCGAACGAGUUAUCGGGACUGUGACAACAAAAUAACUCGUUCGCGUCUUAAGCUGUUAUAGUCAUUGGUGAUGUUCACCAAUGUUCACUCAUGUUUAAGCUUCUGUUUGAUGUUCACCAAUGUUCACCAGUGUUUUUUUUACUAAAUAUCGUUUACUUUUCUGUGUGUUUAACUUCUAGUAAGUUGUAUCGGAUUGAGGACCGACUCGCCGACGUCUCUACUCGAUUUUAUACGUCGGCGAGUUGGUCCGUCGGCGAGUUGGUCCGUCGGCGAGUUGACUGGAUACCAUUCAAAGUGCUCCACAAUAGAUUAAGGAAGAAUCCCUUAUAGAUCUCUUUCUUGUCUUCACUUUUUGUUUUCUCUUCCUAGUUUAUACUUUUCAAAGAAACAUUUUUUGGUACAUGGUGUACAGAAUUUUAAUUCGAUUAUUGAUAUGAAAUGAUAGCAAUAAUUUGUUUGAUACAUCUUUACACUGAAAGAGAAACUUCAAGUCACCAUUGGCACUAGAAGGGAUGUUCUUGCUAGCUGCAUCUUAAAUUUGACAAAGUUUGAUCAGCUUUGAUAGUUAUGUCAUCUCAAAUAUGUAAUAGGAUCUCAUGUUCUUGGUGAAGUAAUCAAUAUGGUUGAUUUCUUAUUCUUUAACAUUCCACAUAUCUUGUUCUUGCUCCCUUCUUAGUCCCAAACUGGCCGUAAAAUGAUAAUGAGUCUUUCAUACAGUCUAUAAUAAGCAUUGUUGCUUUAAAUAUAACCUUAAAUUCAAUUAACUUAAUAUGUAAACAUUGGCAGCUGGAUUGAUCAGGAGCAAACAAAAUAAUACUGUGCUUUUCUGACUAAAGAAAACUUGUGAAAAUCAUUACCACUUAUCUUUUAUUUCAAUCAGGCAAACUUGUGGUUGCAUAAAAUACAUUCUUAGGUAUUUUCAUUUUGAGGCAGAAAUCUCAAAGGUUUGUUAGAAGAUGCAAGUGGGAAAAAACCCUGUAGACAAAGAUCAUUGGGUUACAUUGCAAAUUUUUAUUUAGCAAGUGUGAAGCAAAACAUGACAAAGCAAUGGAAAAUUGUGAAAUUUGGUGUGUGGAGGCAAAGAAAGAUUUGGAUUGCAGUCUCUUAAUUUGACAAAUUUGUAAACAAAAAUUUGAUAAUCUCGGGAUACUAUUUUUAUCAUUUUAACUCGUGAAUUGCGCGCAUGCGCAGGAGCGAGUUGUAGAUAUGAUGUAGGAAUGGCGCUCGUUCGAUUGGUCGAUUCCUGUAAACUUUUUUUCGAUUUUAGGCUUUUGAGUGCAUUUGAUAGUUUUUGGCGAGUAAUAAACAAACGAAAUGGCGACCUUUGUUGCUAAGAAUAGUGGUGGGGUGACAAAGAAGCCAAUGAUAAUCUUACAAGAGUUUUUUUUUCUCGUUUUUAGUUUCAUCAAGCGGCGCCAGCGACUGGCAGGCAUGCAAGGAUUCACACUGAAAUAACAGAACAACCUUCGUUUUUCAUAAAAUUGUAAUUUACAAUCCUUGAACUUGAAAACAAUCCGAAGAUUCAUUGAAAAUAUCCUUUACUGCGAAGCGCUCGGAGUUUACAGAUGUUCAAAAGCUUUUUCUGCUACAGCGUGAGAUUGAGGACAAAAUCGAUCAUUACGCUUCGUAUCGUGUGUUUUUCCUGUGUGAAGCAACAAAAGAUGCCGGCGACUAACGAAAUUACAAGUUAACACGAAAAUCAAAUAACACCUAAACAAACAAUUUUAGCUACCUAUUUUCAGUGAAUUUUUAAAGAACAAUUUUCUUUUAAGUUUCGAGACAAUUUGAAGAUUCAAAAUACAUAUUACUUACUAAAAUGCGAAAGUUAUACACCACAAAAUUGAUAAAUAGGCCUGAAAUGAAAUUCUAUCUUGUUAUUGAUUCAGUACGGUGCCUAGCACGUGACUAAAAUCUACCCAGGCGGAGAUCCAAAAUGACGGUGGCAAUCUUGGCUUAGUUAUAUCACUCAAAACUCGUUCCCGUUUGUCUCAUUUGAUAAAGAGGGAUUCGUUAAUGUUUUCAUUAAGACAAUAUUGCCUUGAUUUUCUAAUAUUUACAAUGAUAGACAGUAAAUUCCACUUUUUACCCACAUUUACUUCCAACCCUUUCUUUUGAACCAGAAACAGAAAUGAUAUAAGUUUAAAACACAUGACAUCAUCCACCCUUGUCAAAUGCAAUAGCAUGAUUAUUUCAUUUGUAAUGCCUUCUUAUCCCAACGUUACUUUGUUUCUUUGCUACAUUAGCGAACACUGCACUACUGCUCGUACUCUAGAUAUGACAAUCAACCACAAAAUUCCCUAAACCAGAUAACAUUAAACAUAAUCCAAAAAAUCAUGUGUCAAUUCACGAGUUUGCUCACAGAGCACUUUGAUUGUAGACUUGAUCUGUUGAAUAUUCUGCAGAGUUGGAUGGUUACCAUAAUUGUGUAUCUCUCUGUGACUUUCUGAAAGCUUGUCUUUUUAGAUAAGAGCAACCUUGCAUUGCUGCAAGACCAUAAUUACAAGUUCAGAACCAUGUUUCAUCUCCAGAUUAGUACUUUAUCCAUGAGUUGGCCAUAGGUACUCUUUGAUUUGAGUUUAUUUGACCACUGGUCUCCACAAAUAUGUUGAACUAACAAACAAAUAUUCAAGAUGCUGACAAAAUAAAGCUAGGCCCAUGCAAUAGAUAUUUUGAAUUGAGAUGAUGAACUCACGGUAAGUCAACCCUAUGUAUGCUUUGUUAGCAUAAGAAUUAAGACAUAAGUUUUUCGACAACAAAAUUUGAAAGCCAUAUGAGACAGGUGAGGUCACACUCUUAACUUCUGCAUCCAUUUUAAUCCGCCCUUCUAAAUUUCAGGGGAAAUCACACAAGACCAUUUGUGGAAACUAGAUAUGUCCUAUGAAGACCUUCUUGUCAAAUUUACUAAUGUAUAUCAAUGUCAUAAAUAUGAUAAUUGUAUUGCACUCCAGGGGACUCAUAGGACCAAACUUGAUUUGUUACACAGACUGAUCAAAGGAAUGAGUAAAAUCUCAGAUCCCCUUACCGGUUGUCAUUUACUGACUUUCAUGACUGAAAAGACAUGACGUGCAGCUCUACAAAUAUUACUUAAGUUCAACCUUUUGAGAGUACCUCCUGUAGUUGACUAUUUUCCCAAAAUACACAAUUGCUAUCAUUUAAACCUUUGUAUUGGUUGUGGACUGAGACUAUUUAGUUGAAAAUUUGUGUUGUUUUGAUAAAUGGUACCAGGACUGUUGGUGUAGCUUUGGCUAUGCUAAGGAGACAAGUGCAGAAGCUCUUUAGGCUUGUCAGCUGAUUUUCUGAAAUCUGACAAAUAGUAAAAGGAAGGGCAAUGGAGAGAAGUCCAAAGUCCUUUUUUCCUUCAGAAAAUGCCAUUGUUUUCUGAAUAAGAAGAUAGGUAAUCCAUCUUGAUGAAGAGUUUGAUGGGAGAAAAGACCUUGGAUUUUUCGUAAUGACUUGACAUUAUCCUGAAAGAAUGAAAAACAAUUGUUGCAUCAUUUUUAGUGCACCUGGUAUUAAUAUUAUAAUUAACACCAUCAUUAUCAUCAUUAUAAUUAUCAUUACAAUUAUUAUACUCAGUGCUGAUGAUGAUAAUGCUAGUGGUAGAUUUUUUAAUUGAAUUUAUAGGAAAAAUGUUUAUGCUGCUUCAUAGCAGACAUUACUGAACACAUAAGGUCAAAGUAACAAUUUUACCUUCAUUCUUUGUUUUCAGAAACCUUGAUAUGUCUGCCUAUGUGAUUAAUAAAGAUCAACCUUGUCCAAUUUAUGAUUUAAUUGCAGUUUCAGUAAGUAAUCUGCUGUUAGGAGAGAAGUACAGAGAAAGAUUUUAAAUUAUAAGAGGACAGCCACCAACCAGACUUUCUUUUGUUGGAGUUUACUAUAAGCCAGUUUAUUUUAUGUUUCAUUAGCUAAUGCCCUGAUUGAAAACUUACUCAACAUGACUAUUAAUGAGUGGAUCAACAUAUAGCACUUCACUGGAUGACUAUAGCUACUGAUUUGAACCUGUGACAAUGUAACAAACAAAAAGGUUUUCAAACUGUUACAGUGACAGCAUAUAUGUUUUGAUGACCCAAAUGAAUCUUGCAAAUUUAUGAAGCACAUGGAACAAAAUGGUUUAAAAAAAUUUGGCAGAGCAUCAGACAGAACGGUAAAGUUGAUCUGAUUGCUAAACAUGUUGAGCAGUGGGACAACAUCCUGUGCAAGCUGCUUAGAACUUUUCUGUCAUUCCUCAUUCUGUCCUUCUCACUUUACUGCUUCAUCUGUCCAACAGGUUGCACACUUUCAGAUAGACAUUGGUUAUCUUCUUGUUUGGCAAAAUGUCUCUCCCCAAAAAUGAUAUAUCAAAACAACCCUGACUGUACACAAUCUUUUCUUUUUCUGUCAGACUUCAUGACUGAAUAAAUAAAAUGGAAUGUUUUCAUUGGUUAGUUUAAGCAACUAGAGAAUGCAAUGGCAUACCAUUUUCUCAAGAGAAAGGAGCUUAGAUAAUGUUUGAAGAUCUUAAGGCAUUGAGAAAAUUUUUUUGUGUGUAUGGUAUUUUCUUGUUGCUGUAAAGCUCUAAUAUAAAUAUACACAGUCGGGACUUUGGCCAGCUGUGUAUAUUGUCCAACUGUCUCAGCAGAUCUAACAUUUUUAUUAUUUUGUUCACAGAACCACUAUGGAGGCAUGGGAGGCGGACAUUGUAGGUUGACUCUCUUUUUCACUAGGCCACAAGUUUAAUCAGUGGAAGUAGAUUUCCAGUUGUUCUAACUUAGGUGAUAUACUUACUUACUACCUUCAGACACAGCCUACGCCAAGAACUGCAAAGACUCUAAGUGGUACUCAUUUGACGAUAGCUCUGUGUCACCUGUAAAUCAAGAACAAGUUACCGUAAGUUCCUACUGAAUUAUUCUGAAUUUGAUCCCACCUAAAGUACCUGUCUCUUGAUUUAUAACCAGAAAAUCUUGAGUUCUGUGUAAAAAAAAACAAUGCUUUCACAACUUUGUUGGUGCUGCAAAAUGAACCUAUUAAUGUAACCAACCCACCAACCAACCAACCAACCACCCACCCACCCACCCACCCACCCACCCACCCACCCACCCACCCACCCACCCACCCACCCACCCACCCACCCACACCCACCCACCCACCCACCCCACCCACCCACCCACCCACCCACCCACCCACCCACCCACCCCCACCCCCCCACAACCCACCCACCCACCAACCCACCUACCCACCAACCCACCAACCCACCUACCCACCCACCUACCCACCUACCUACCUAUCUACCUAUCUAUCAUCCAAGAGGUGAUCAUCUCUUUAAAUCAGUAACUCUGCACUCCUUCCACAACUGACCCUCAACAGGGCAUAUUUCCAGGGAUUACAUUAUUGCCUUCAUGCUUUUUGCAUUUUGCUUAAUUUAGUUUGUGUGUCUAUGUAACUUGGUAUACAGUCAGCUUUCCACCAGGAAGACUUGCCAUCAGUGAGUUUACCACUCAUUGGUCUUGCCACCAAGGCAUGUUACUUUGCCACCAAAAGUCUGAUGAAACAUAUACACAUUUUCUUGACCUCAAACUUGUUUAUCAUUGUUGUUAUGGAGUAAAAAGUUAACUGGUUGUCCUUGCAAUCUUUUGAAACACUCGUUUUUUUGGUAAAAAAAUGUAUGCAGUUGCAAACAUUUCUUGCUCAUUUGAUUAAAAAGUUCCAGUCUCUUUGGUUUAUUUUUUCUUUGUUGAAUAUUCAAAAUAUUUACAGGGUAGACUUCGUUGUUCAUUAGUCCAUUUGAUAUCUUAGAUCAGGUUAAACUGUUGGCUCUUAAAGCUUUAGACGCACCUUCCACCAUUGAAACUGCCAUAAACCUGCAAGACUCCUGGCCUUGAAUAAUAACACCACACACCAAAUAAAAAGAAAAAGAUUUAUUGGAGCCGAACGUGCUUGAUACUAAGAGUGUGGGUUGAAACUAAAACGAAAAAAAAAGCAAAACGGUUACACGUUGCAAAACAAGUUACAAGUUACAAAAACUGCAAAACGAGGACUGCGAAAUACACUUACAUUGUUUUGGCCAGAGAAAACUUCUGUAAAGAGGACUGCGAAUAACGCGACGAGGCUAGAAACAAACUAAACAGAACUGCGCUAAGCGCGGACCAAACUGAACUCACAAACUGUACUGACAAACUACGAUAUUCAAAUACGCUAGAAAAUGCGGAAAAUAAAACUAUAGAAAGGCGCUAAUGAAGAUGAAACAGCACGGAAACGCUAACGAGGGCACGAAAACUAACAGAAAGAGAUAAACACCUAAAUUAACGCCAAAAAAGAAGACUAAACAAAUGAACGAAAGGAAGUAUAAACUAAUUUGCGUACGCAAAGGAAAAACAAAUUAGGCAAGAACGAAUAAUCAAAAAAAAUGUUACACUUGGAUCUAACAUACCGGCCCCAUAAGUGAGGAGCACACGCGAGGCACUUAAAUUAAACAAUUAAAGAUCUAAGUGUCUUCCUAAGUGUUCUUAAUGUUCUCUUCUCCUGAAUUCAGAAAAUUGCACAAAAAAUAACUCCAAAGGGAAAGUUCAAGCUUCUAUCAGCAAGCAAAGCUUGUCAAUUGGCCUCUCCAAAACUGCUCCUUUUACUUUCACUCUGGUACGGCGCACCAAACCUUUCUUGUCGGCGAAGACUUCUACCACUCUACCAAGGGGCCAUGAAUUGCGAGGGGAAUUUUCGGCGCUCACUAGAACAAUAUCCCCAACGGCCAGGUUCUUGCGAAUCGUCGUCCAUUUCUGCCUACUUUGGAGCAGAGGCAAGUACUCCUUAGACCAUCUCUUCCAGAAGAUGUCUGCGAGAUAUUGCACUUGUCUCCAUCUGCGCCGAGAGAAGGAGUCUUCCUUUUGGAAUAACCCAGGGGGCAUCUGAGGUUCCGAGCGUAAAAGAAGCAAAUGGUUUGGUGUGAGGGGCUCCGGAUCAUUAGGGUCACCUGAAACUGUGGUGAUUGGACGACCAUUAAUGAUGCUUUCCACUUCGCAUAGGAGGGUGACUAAACCUUCGUCGUCAACAGUUUGAGUUUGAAGCAAAGCUCGAAGGACCUUGCGCGUUGUUCGAAUGCAGCGCUCCCAAACACCUCCAUAAUGGGAGCCAUAGGGGGGGUUGAAGUUCCACUUGAUACCCUUCUGAAGUAGAGCUUCGUGAAUCUUGUUGUGAUUCCACGCGUUGAUGGAUUCCCUGAGCUCCCUCUCUCCGCCGGUGAAAUUGGUACCAUUAUCGGAUCUGAUCUCCUUUACCUGGCCCCUUCUUGCUAUAAACAUUCUGAGCGCCAUCAGGAAAGAAUCAGUUUCCAAACUGUGCGCCACUUCAAUGUGAACCGCGCGGAUAGAAAGACACGUGAAAAUGACCCCAUAUCUUUUCACAAGACUUCGCCCACGGCGUACCUGAAGAGGACCAAAACAAUCAAUGCCGACAGAUGUAAAAGGUGGCUGACCUGGGGUAACACGAUCCACGGGAAGGUCAGCCAUUUUCUGCUCACAGAACGGGCCUUGACGCCGCCGGCAACUGAAACAUUUCGAAAGAACUUUCCUGACAACAGAACUUGCGUUUACGAUCCAAAACUUCUCGCGAGCAAGACUGAUAACGUACUCUCUCCCAGAGUGACCGGAGAUCUGGUGGUAAUAUUCUACUACAAGGUUGGUCACGUGAUCCUUCUUGGGCAAAAUAAUCUGAUGUUUAGCCUCAAAUGCAGUGGACGCUAGACUUAACCUCCCACCGACACGUAAGACGCCGUUCACUAAGAUUGGAUCCAGACUUCGAAGGCUGCUGCUUUUCUUGACUUGCGUACCGUUUUCAGACUUGCUUAACAGCUCAAGCUCAUCCGGAAAAUUGAACUGCUGGACGUUCCUGAGGAUUUCUAGCUCCGCAAUUGCCAACUCCGUAACGGUAAUUGGUGGUAAAGAAAGGAUGGGAGUUGAAAGGAUCGGCUCUCUCGAUUUUCCGCGUUUACUUGACCUUUUCAAGUUUCCAAGGUAUCGUAAAAACCAUGCAACUGACUUCUUCAAUCGGUGCCAGGAAGACACGCGUUGAAAGUACUCAACCAAAGGAUGCUCCGACUCGGAAACAGAAGCGUGACAAACCUUAUAAACCAUCUUCACUUCCGGGUCUCCGUCUUGAAGACAUCCAAGGGAUAAGGGGUUCCUAGGCCAAUCUUCUUCUGACUUCCAAAGAAACUCCGGCCCCAGUAACCAUCUUUGGCAGCUCAACAAUGCUUUGGCAGUCAGCGCUCUUGAAGCGCAAUCUCCAGGAUUCGCUACACCUUCCACAUAGCGCCACUGAUCUGGACUUGAGCCCUCUCGUAGUACGGCAACCCGAUUGGCAACAAACGUGUGGAAACGCGUACUUUCGUUCUUCACAUAACGAAGCACUGACAUGCUGUCUGACCAAAACACGGAUUCACAAUUAGGAGGCAUCUCCAGCUCUUCCUUGAGCAUCUUGUCUUGUCGCACAGAAACGGUUGCGGCCGAGAGCUCUAAACGAGGAACAGAGAUAGUUUUCAAAGGAGCAACGCGUGAUUUUCCUAACAGGAAGGAAGAAUGAACUCGGUCCUCAUGGCUAAGCAGUCGAAGGUAAGUCACUGAGCCAUAAGCUGCUUCUGAGGCAUCAGAGAAGUGAUGUAGCUGACUGGAUUUAACGGGACCAAAAUCCUCUGGCUUUAAACAGCGACUCACAGCAAACUCCGAGAGCUUUGGAACAUCUGCUAGCCAAUUUUCCCAACGUGCAGCGUACUCAGUCGGGAUCUCGUCAUCCCAUCCUAGCUUAAUGCGAUUAAUGAAGGAUUUCCUUCGCGGUCAGAACGAACGGUGCCAGGAAUCCCAACGGAUCGAAAAUAGCACUCGCUAGAGACAAGAUACCCCUACGCGUUGGUGGACGGGAGCUAAUGUUGACUCUGAAGCGGAACGAGUCGGAUUCUACACACUUGGAAAAACUACCAAGCCCUCAACAAAACUUUGUGGCAUUGCUCAUGGUGAUGCUUGCAUGACUAAACAUCAAACUUAGGAGUUCCCCCUAAAGCUCUGAACUUAUACCAAAUUAGUUAGAAACCAUAAUGGCAAAUUUACUUAUAGUGAGUCAUCCUGGUGGCAAGGGGACUGUAAACCUGUAACUUUUGUCUUCUCAUUUUCUUUCACAUGCAAGGUUUUAACUCAGUCACAAUCCUUUUUGUCACCUAUAUCACUUCACUUCCUUCUGCUUUGUCAUACUCUGUUUGAUUUGUUUGCUUUCUAUGAUGAAAAUAAAUCAAGUGCACAAGGAACUUUGUGACUGCACCAUUCUUUUUGUUAAUUUUUUGUGCGCUAAAAAGAGGUCUGCUGGCACUCUUCUUGUUAUGUCUUUGUUUGCGAUAGUAAGUGCUUGAUGCAACAUACAUUUUUUCAAAACCUUGGAACCUCUCGUACCAGAAAGCUGUCUCUUAACUCUUCUGAAAUAUCCUUGGUUAAAAGUUAUCUUCCAGGACUUUAACAGAAUUUGAACCUAUAACCUCUUGAACCCUGUGGAGGUCAAUUUUACUGUAGCAUAUUCUCAGGCUACUUUGAUACAAUUAAAUUUCGCUUUGAUAUAAGUUUAAUAUUUCCUCAUUUGAUCAAGAUAUAUUGAUUUAUUAAUCUAGUGAAGACAUACUGUUUAUGAUAAAGAUAUGAACAAAUGAUGUACUCUUUUUGCUUUUGGUCUAUUUCUCAGCAUCAUUAGUAUAACAUGGCUAUUCAACAGCACAGAUAACACUGUUAGUUCUUUUUUUGUUUUGCAGUCAAAAGCAGCCUAUGUUCUUUUUUACCAGCGAAAAGAAAUUGAACAUCAAGAAAGUUUGGUAGAAAAGGAAACAGAACAUGAUGGAGACAUUGACAUGCUCAAUGAUGGCCUCUAGGAUGGGGAAAGGAACAAUGGAGUGAAACAAAAGAAUUUAGAAUGCAGCUUGGACAUGAACCUGGUGGAGCACAACUUAUACAUAGUGUAGCUAAUUAUCAUUAUUUUCCCAACCUUUUACACUUAGCUGAGGCUUAAGCCUGACUAAAAGGAAUCACACUUCACUUCCCAGUUGGCCUGUUACCUCAAGACUUCUUUAAGUUAAAAUCCCAUCAGAGUUCUCAAAGAUACACCUCAGUCAAAACCUAGUACUCAUUAGUGCAACAUACAAGUCUCACAAGAAAAUCUAAUGGUCUGAUUAAAUCCACCAAAGCUGCUGAAAAUGCAGUAGAGCUAGGUCAUAUACAGACUAUCAUUUCUUGUGCACUGUAGUAUGUAAUGACCAUUUAUUUGUGUGGCAAAACGAAUUUCUUCAGUGUAUAGUUGGGAGACUUUUCUUGGUUGUUUCUUUUUUUCAGGUGGACCUAUCUUCUGUAGUAUUUUAUUGAAAGAUUAUUUGAUCACUUUUAAGUGAGAAAAUGAAUGUGUCAAAAAGCACUAAAAAUUGUUGGAAAUCAUGUUCUAUGAUCACCCCUCAGAAUACAGCAGGAGUGUUUUCAAGUCACAAAAUGUGAACACAGUUCUUUUAAUGGAAAAAUUAACUUGACAGUAAUAAAAAUGGUCCUUAAAAGAAUUUGCCUCUAUCUUAUAAAUAUUCAAUUUCAAUGAAAUAACAUUUUGUGGAAUGCAUCUGAACUUAUGCACAGUGUCU